CAUUUUAGUAUCCGUUGACGAGCCGUCGUCUCCGCUUCCCACUCUUUUGAAAAAUGCUCCUCACAAUUUCAACUUUCUGAGUGCUUUCGCUGUCACAUCGCUGCUGGUUGCUGGUGUUAGCUUCCCGCCUGUGGCCUGACAACAGCAUCACCAUGGGAUCCAAUGGAAGAACCGACAAUUUGCGGCAAGAUAGUGAAGCCAUUAGAAGUACUAUUAAUAGUAGUAUUGACGUGGUGACAACCAUGAAACAGUCAGCUCCUGCACCACCACCGUACCCUACACCGGUGCUUUUGGAGAACCAAGAAAACCAACGAAAGCUGUGCGUCGGAGUACAGAACCAUUGUUUCAAUCCAGAGGAACGAAAUGUGUUUUCUCCUCCUACAGUGCCGCUUCCCAAGCUCACCAAAUCGCCAUCACCCGCUCCUACCCUUAAAGCUGCAACAUUGGCGCCUUCAUCCGAUCGCAAUGACGAGUCAGAGUGUAAAUCGGACGAACAAGGCAACUAUGGUGACGUGGAUGGGACAUCCUUUCGCAUCGUGUCGUAUCGAUAUCAAGUCGAGACGACCGAGGGUAUGACGGCCGUAGAUUUGGAUGUCGAAGUCUUGCAGUAUGUCGAAAAGUCCAUUAGUGACCUCAUGGUCCAACGAUUCUUUGCCGACUCCUGUUCUCCUCCUCCCAUUAAUGUCGUUAUCCCCAACAAUAGCAAUCAGCAGCAACAACUCCAGCUGCAAAAGCUCUUUCUCAAGCCUCAGAGCACCGAAAAGCGAGCCAACAACGGAGGACUGCGAAAGCUGCUACCGGCCUUGGGGACCACCGGUAUGAGAAAGAUGAAAACGGAAGACCACGAAGAGUUGGUUGGUUUGAGUGCAGAGCCGCUGGAUCAAGUGCUGGAAGACGAUGACGGACAGGCAUGCCCCUUUCCAACGACGACGGGGCCAUGUUUCGUUGUUGGUGGAGGUUUGACUAUGUUUGGGGAUGGCAGCACUAGCAUCGGCAGCACGGGGGGUCUUUUGUGGGUAGACGAGGGGAUUCACGAAGAAUUGCAAUCAUCAAUGGAUUCAGGGGAGCUGGAAGCUAUGCUGCAACCAUACCACCCAGAAAUCACAGCAAUUCGAUACAUCCCUCCUGGCACAGAGUUGCCAAACCCACCACCCUCGUCAGAUCCCGAUGAAGCCGUAAUAGAUGAAGGAUUCAUCGGUGCAAGGUCUUCGGCAUGGUCAUGGGUGCUGAUUGGACUCGGCUUCUUUCUCAUGCUUGGAGUGUUCCUUUAUAUUUUCAUUUCGCGUCGUCGAGACACGCUGGAGGAGGAACGAAGCUCUACGGUCCAAGCUGGGGCCUUCCCCGUUGUCGUCACCAAAACAAACGUGGAUAGCGUGCAAGAUGCAGAGAGCGAGUCACCGAGCAGUAGAGCCGCUAGCACGUAUGCGGAGAUUUCAAGGUAUUAUUCCGAGUCCUCCGAGUUGAUUCUGAGAAGGAACCAAUCGGAUAGCGACGAUGACGACGACGAGGAAGGCAUUCCUCUGCACGUCUUUCAUGAUGAUGAAAACUCGCCGCGACAGCCACCGAUCGGAAUUUCGACAAGCUGGAGAGACCAGAUUCUGCGUGACGAAGCACCCUUGUCACCUCCCAGCAAAGGAGCCGUGUCUUCCAUAUCGUUGGAUCCAAGCCAACCCAUUGUCACACCCAUUCUAGACGACGAAGGUGGCCACAUUAUGAUGACGCCAAAGUCGCAAUCACAACAACAAUCGUCUCCCGAGUACUCGCAGUACCACAGUGUCAACUCGGGUACGGGCAGUGAAGAAUACUUUGGUACAUCGCCACGAAAUUUUCACAACAUGUCAUCAGCCGAGUUCUCACGGUAUCAUAGUGCCUAUUCGGGCUCCGAUGCUGCGAGUACCUUGUCCAGCUCACCGAGACACUGGAGCCCGACGAAACAUGAGUCGCCGUCAAAACUAAAGGUGGCAUUCGACAAAGCAGAAAUAAUCUAGCAUGGGUAAAGAUCAUCUUAGGAUACUUGAUUUGUGGUAUUCUUUAUUCCUCCACGUUCUCGUUAAAACAUGAAUAAAUCACAUUCAUUUCA